AAUCAGGUUCCAAAAAAAAAAGGCUUUCUCUUUUUCAUAUAUUGACAUAUACCUUUUUUUUUUUCUGUUUUUCUGUUUAAAAAAUGCAAUCAGACGAAGUCAUCUGGCAGGUUAUUAACCACCAAUUCUGUUCGUAUAAAGUCAAAACACCUACUACGAACUUUUGUCGUAAUCAAUACAAUGUCACUGGUCUCUGUAAUCGACAGUCUUGUCCUUUAGCAAAUAGUAGAUAUGCAACAGUAAGAGAAGAGAAGGGUAUAGUUUAUUUAUACAUGAAGACACCUGAACGAGCGCAUUCACCUGCGAAAAUGUGGGAAAGAAAGAAGCUCUCUAAAAAUUAUGCUCAAGCUUUGAGUCAGAUUGAUAAGGAGCUGCAAUAUUGGCCAAACUUCUUAUCACACAAAUGCAAGCAACGUCUGACCAAGAUCACCCAAUAUCUUAUUCGUAUGCGUAAACUGAAACUGAAAGAAAAUGAUCGACCUCAACUUAUCGGUAUCAAAAAGAAAUUGGAACGUCGUGAAGCAAAUCGUGAACGCAAAGCAGAGGCAGCUGCACGAAUAGAAAAAUCUAUCGAGAAAGAAUUGAUUGACCGACUAAAGAGUAAAGCUUACGGUGAUGCUCCAUUAAAUGUCAAUGAAGAAAUCUGGCAAAAGAUAUUGGAUGAAGAACUUGAGGAUGCAGAGGAAGAUGAGUCUGAUGAAGAUGAUGAGAAUGAAGAAGAGGAAGAAGAAGAAGAAGACGAGGAUGUUGAAUUUGUCUCUGACUUUGAUGAGUCUGAUGUUGGAGAUAUUGAAGAUAUGGAAGAUGGAUUCGAAUGGGAACAAGAACAAGAAGAAGAGAAUGUUGGAUAUACAAACUAGAUAAUAAACAUGUAUAAUAAAAAAACUAAAAAGUACAUAUCACACUAUAUCUACGCAUAUGGCACAAUCUUCUCCCUCUCUCUUUCUAUCUCUUCGUAGCAAAGUUAAUGAUUCACUGACCUUUCCUUAGAACAAAAUAGACUGUAGUAUAUUCCACAUUUGCAAUUUAAAAAAAAAAAAUGAUAAAAUGAACUUUAUCUUUUUAUUGAUGUACAGUGCUCACGGCACCAAUUCGCGUCAACCUAAAAAUCAAUUAGCGUAGUUCUUACUCAAUGCAUGUUUUUUAUUAUAAUAAAGCAAUCGUAUAGUUGUCGAAAUGGAGACGAAAGAUGUGGU